AGUGAGUAAUCAAAGUAAGAGUAAUGCCAUGGACUAAUGACAGCACCUUCUCUGGGUUCAUUCUGGUAGGUUUUUCUGACCGACCUCAGUUGGAGCUGGUUCUCUUUGGGGUAAUCAUGUCCCUUUACCUCAUGACACUCCUCGGCAAUGCUGCCAUCAUCCUAGUAUCCCUCUUGGACUCUAAACUCCACAAUCCCAUGUACUUUUUCCUCUCCCAUCUCUCAUUACUGGACCUUUGCUUCACCAGCAGUAUUAUUCCUCAGCUUCUAGUCAACCUGGGGGGUCCAGAUAAGUCUAUCACGUAUGGAGGCUGUGUGGUUCAGCUCUAUGUCUCCCUUGCCCUGGGAUCCACAGAGUGUGUCCUUUUGGCUGUGAUGUCCUAUGAUCACUAUGUCGCAGUCUGUCGUCCUCUGCAUUACACCUUUGUCAUGCACCCUCGGCUCUGUCACAUCCUGGCAUCUAUGGCGUGGCUCAGUGGUCUGGCAACCACCCUCAUACAGUCCACUCUCACCCUGCAGCUGCCCUUCUGUGGGCAUCGCCAUGUGGAUCAUUUCUUCUGUGAGGUUCCUGUGCUCAUCAAGUUGGCUUGUGUGGACACCACCUUCAACCAGGCAGAGCUCUUUGUGGCUAGCGUCUUAUUCCUGGUGGUGCCCUUGUCACUCAUCCUGAUAUCCUACGGGCACAUCACCCAAGCAGUUCUAAAGAUAAAGUCAGCCAUUGGACGACGUAAAGCAUUUGGAACCUGCUCCUCCCACCUGACGGUUGUGAUCGUCUUCUAUGGAACCAUUAUCUUCAUGUAUCUGCAGCCAGUCAAGAGGAGAUCCAAGGACCAGGUGCCUGAUUUGCGGUUUGAUUCAAUGGGGGAUCCAUUUCAAUGGGGAAUCCACCUCAAAGAUGGCUCUCUUCAACAGACACGUUGCCAGCCACUUGACAAGGUGGUGUUCCUGAUGGGGCCAGCUGAGGAGAGGAAACUGGAGAUGUGACACUGGAGCUGGAAUUCCAUGAACAGUCAGGCUGGACACAGUGUGAUAUGACAACACCCAGGAGUUUUCCAUACUUUAAGGUAGACGGGCUGGAGAUGCAUCUUGUUCUCUGAGGGUGGCACAAAUAAUCAGUAUAAUAUGAGACCACCCAGAAGAUGGCUGUUUGGAUAGAUGAUUGGACUGCAAGUGACAACACUGACUGGGUGACAAGCCAAGACACCAUCGACUAUGAGUACCUUAUUUUUUGGUGGGUAGUACAGGUAAUCAAUGGUUUUUAAAGGUGGUAGGUAGCUGUAGGGACACAGCAUUACCUUCGAGGAUGUAGAGGACCCUAUCCAGUGGGAUGUCCCAUGUCAUCAUGGUGGAUUGGCUCAAAACAAAGGGACCAAAAGUGCCCAUGUCAGGAGAUCUUUUCAGCUGCCAAAUCCAAAAACUAGCUUCGUACAGUGGACCAUAUACCAUAGUGUGCUGGGGGCACAGAAAGAAGAAAUAGAAUUGCAAGGGAGCACAGUCAGCAUUUGUCAGGGAUCUAGAAGGGAAGGUUGGUUGAACCUUGGAAGACACUCGUUAGGUAUUGGUGGAAGGAACAAUUAUUAGCAUGUGUUAUUGAAUCCCAACUAGACAACCUGAUUCUUUCCAUGAUGUGUCUGUGUAUUUGAAGAAAUGUGUCUUUGUUUACAAAUAUAUUUCUACUUUAGUUAAAAACUUUAAUGAUGGUAUUUUGCA